AUGUUUGCAUUUACCUCAACCGGUGGGAGAAUAUCUACGGAUUUAAAUGAUGGUCGUGGGCCUUAUACAUUCCGUUUGAAUGGCCACAACCAUCAUAAUAUUGGAUCAUUGUUGCCUAUGCAUCCUGAUGGACGCCCUAGAUUUGCUCAAUUGUACGUUUAUGACACGGAAAAUGAGAUUGAUAAUCGCUUUUAUGCUUUGCGAAAUUGUGUGUCACCAACGUCUGAUCAAGUCAUCCUACGCACAUUAGUGAAUGACUUGCUGUUGAUGCUUGAUGCGAACAAUGCAUUGGUGCAGGCUUUUAGGAUGGCACGUGAAAGGUUUAAUGACAACUCAAUGCAACGUCUUACGCUUCGCUUGCUUGGUGACGGAAAUCCUACGGACUCACGUGAUAUUAUUAUUGAAGAACGUGGUAGUCGUAGUGCAAAGUGUAUAUCUGAAUUGCACCCAAGUUUUAUGGCGUUGCAGUAUCCUUUGUUGUUUCCGUAUGGAGAAGAUGGAUUCCAUCUUAAUAUUCCUCUAUGUAAUAUAUCUGCAUCAAGUAGGCGGCAAUCGGUUUCAUUAAGAGAAUACUAUUCUUACCGUUUACAACUUAGGAGGAAUGAAGUUAUCUAUACAAUCGAGUUUCAGAAACGAGGACUUCCACACUCUCAUAUUCUGCUUUUUUUACAACCUGAAGAUAAGAUUAAUACGGUUGACAAUAUCGAUAAAUAUAUAUCUGCUGAGCUUCCUUCGGAGGUGGAAGACCCUAUAGCUUUUGGUAUUGUUCUUACGCAAAUGAUGCAUGGUCCAUGUGGUUUGCUCAACCCUUCAAGUCCUUGUAUGCAUAACGGUGUAUGUAGUAAAGGGUACCCAAAGAAUUAUUGUGAGGAGACAUUCAUCCGAAAUGAUGGUUGGCCGGUUAUAAGAGGCCCAAUAAUUCAAGAGUUGUUAAAGUUGGUUCUCAAGAUAUUAUGCUUGAUAAUCGGUCCAGAUCGUGCAACUGUGGUUUUGGAAGGUGCUCAAAAUAGGACAACGUUUGCGUCCUUAUUACAUAAUGAAAAUGAAAUUGAGGAAUAUUUAAAUUGUCGGUAUAUAUCUUCUAUUGAGGCAUGUUGGAAGAUUUUUGAAUUUGAAAUGAAGUACCGUGAUGUUGCUGUUGAGCGAUUACCUUUUCAUGAGGAAGGGUGUAAUAGAGUGUAUUUUCAUGAUAAUGAUGAGGUUGAGGAAGUUGCCCAACGUGCUACGGCUAGCAUAUCAAAAUUUACUGAAUGGAUGCGUGCAAAUGAAAGGUUUCCGCAUGGUCGUUCUUUGACAUAUGUAGAGUUUCCAUCAAAGUUCACUUGGCAUGAAAAGGAGAAGGAGUGGUUGCCACGACAUAGGACGGUUUGUAUUGGCCGCAUUUAUUAUGUGAGCCCAUCGAUGGGUGAAAAGUAUUACCUCCGUAUGUUAUUAAAUGUUCAACGUGGGCCAUUAAGCUUUAAAGACAUUCGUACGGUUGAUGGUGUUGAGCAUCCAACUUAUAUGUCUGCUUGCAAUGCGUUGGGUUUGUUAGGAGAUGAUGUUGAGUGGGUAGAUUCAAUACGUGAAGCUUCUCAAUGGCAGUUGGGGGAUCAACUUCGUGAUUUAUUUGUCUGCAUUCUAUUGUUUUGUACAGUUAGUGAUCAACAGAGGUUAUUUUUUGAUUGUCUACCUUACUUAUCAGAUGAUAUUGCUUACAAUCGACGCACAAUGCUGCAGAAUGAUGAUGUGGUAUUCACAGAUGAAGAGAUUCUCAAUUAUACAUUGAUUGAGAUUGAAAGAGUUUUAAUUGGUCAUGGUAAAAGUUUAUUAGAUUUUCCUAAUUUGCCUCAAAUUGAUCGUCAAUUGGUUGAUACUAUGGAAAAUCGGUUGAUUAUGGCUGAGCGCACCUUCAAUAUUGAAGAAGAAAUGACGCUUUUUCAUGAUUUAUUUCAUGGAUUGAAUGCUGAACAAAGGGAGGUGUUUGAUUAUGUAUGUGAUUGUGUUGAUAGACGGACGGGUGGUGCUGUUUUUGUUUUUGGUAGUGGAGGGACGGGAAAAACGUAUUUAUGGAAGACUCUCAUUUCCUGUUUUCGUUCACGUGGCCAAAUCGUCUUGUCUGUUGCUUCUUCUGGGAUUGCCUCUCUUCUACUACCUGGUGGUCGUACAGCGCAUUCGCGUUUUAAGAUUCCCUUUGAACUUGAUAAGGAUUCUUGCUGCUCGAUUAAUGUUGGGACGGAUCUUGCUGGGCUGAUUAAUGAUGCUGCGCUUAUAAUAUGGGAUGAGGCACCGCUACAACAUCGUUAUGCAUUUGAAGCGGUUGACCGUACUUUUAGAGAUAUUUGUCGAAAUAAUAUAUCUGGUGCAGACCGUCGAGUAUUUGGAGGGAAAUGUGUCGCUCUUGGAGGAGACUUUCGACAAAUUCUUUUUGGAGGGAAAUGUGUCGCUCUUGGAGGAGACUUUCGACAAAUUCUUCCUGUUAUUCCGCUUGCUCCGCGUAGUGAGAUUGUUGCUUCGGUUGUAAAUAAGUCAUCGACUAUAUGGGGUACGUGUAAGGUGUUUUCUUUAACGAUUAAUAUGCGGUUGAAUAGUUCAAGUUUAAUGACGAUGUUGUAA